CAAACGUGUAUGAAGAAGAAUUCGCCGUAAUCAUCACGUUUUUAUAAAUUGUUCUACGGAAGAUUACACACAGUGAAUGAGUAUUUGAUUCUACCACCAUUUCUUUCAGUUGUAUUAAAGUGAAAAUAUCAUAAUUUUUGAAAAUGUCCUGGUUACUCGGAAGGAAUAGAACUCAACAACCUCAAGAACAAUUAAGUGUGGAUGGAGCGGACCCAGAAGGUAAAACUGCCGGGAGUCGUAGCGGUGAUGCUCAGCUCAGUAAUGCAGAGCGAAAGGCCAUGGAGGCUUAUCGUUUUGAUUCCUCAGCUUUGGAACGAGCUGCGGAAGCAGCACGGCAAUUGGAACGUUCAAAACAUGCCCGCGAAGCUUUGGAACUUUCCAAGAUGCAGGAAUCGACUAGGCAGCAAGAAUACCAGUUAAAGGUCAAAGAGUACGAAGCUCACAUUGAGCAAGCAAAAGUUGAGCAAAAACGAAUUGACCAUGAGGAGAGACGAAAAACGUUACUUGAAGAAACAAAACAACAGCAGUUGCGGGCUCAAUAUCAGGAUCAGUUGUCAAGAAAACGUUAUGAAGACCAAUUGGUUCAACAACAGCGAGUCCAAGAGGAAAACCUGAGAAAGCAAGAGGAAAGUGUGGCGCGUCAAGAAGCCAUGCGACGCCAGACCAUUGAACAUGAAAUUGAGAUGAAAGAAAAAAAUCGCCUUAAAUUGCUGGAACAUGAAAUGCGUGUUAAGGCUAAGGUGGAUCGUGAAAACCGCGACAUAAACUUGGAACAAAUACGUCUGAAGGCCCAAGAACAUCGAACAACUGUGCUUGAAGGCAUACGCACUGCUGGAACAGUUGUUGGCGCUGGAGUUGAAGCCAUGCUCACUGACUGGGACAAGGUAUUGACUGCAGCUGGUGGUUUAUCACUGCUCGCAUUGGGUGUUUACGCUGCAAAAGGAGCAACUGGUGUGACAUCACGUUACGUAGAAGCGCGCAUAGGCAAACCAACAUUGGUUGGUGAAACAUCGCGAUUUGCAUUUCUUGAUGCCAUACAACAUCCAAUCAAGUAUGUGCAAAAGCUGCGUUCUAAACCAGCUGACGCUUUAAAGGGUGUUAUUUUAAAUCCCAAACUGGAGGAACGUCUUCGUGACAUUGCUAUUGCAACGAAAAAUACGCGCGUUAAUAAGGGAAUGUAUCGUAACGUAUUGAUGCACGGUCCACCCGGUACCGGUAAGACAAUGUUUGCCAAACGUUUAGCCGCCCAUUCGGGUAUGGAUUAUGCCAUCAUGACUGGUGGUGAUGUAGCACCUAUGGGUAAAGAGGGUGUCACUGCCAUCCAUAAAGUGUUUGACUGGUCACAAGCUAGUCGUCGCGGUUUACUACUCUUUGUGGACGAAGCUGAUGCAUUCUUACGCAAACGUUCAUCGGAACACAUAUCCGAAGAUUUGCGCGCUGCUUUAAACGCAUUCCUUUACCGCACAUCUGAGCAAAAUUCCAAGUUUAUGUUGGUGUUAGCUUCCAAUACACCCGAACAAUUCGAUUAUGCCAUAAAUGAUCGUCUCGAUGAGAUGGUCGAAUUUUCAUUGCCUGGCUUAGAAGAGCGUGAACGCUUGCUACGACUGUAUUUUGACAAAUAUGUGCUGCAGCCGGCUUCUGAAGGACACAAGCGCUUCAAACUGGAUCAAUUUGAUUAUGGUGCUACUUGUACGGAGAUGGCGAAAAUCUGUGCAGGCAUGUCCGGCCGUGAAAUUUCAAAGUUGGGAGUCUCUUGGCAAGCAGCGGUUUAUGCUUCCGAAGACGGCCUUUUGACCGAAAAAAUGGUUUUGGAUCGUUGCCAUGCUGCUGCCCAUCAACACAAACAAAAGAUGGCUUGGUUGUCCGAGCAAGAGCGCAGUGAUCACAAAUCUAUUACCGGUGGAAAUAGCACAUAAUUGCUAUUAACUAGGGUAGAGAAAAUUAUAUUUCCAAAUAAUGCCGGCGCUAACUUCCUUUACAAAAACGUUUAAUGACGUCAAUGCGUGGUAUGAGUGCGGUUGAUUGAGUGUACCAGCAUUUAAA